UGUGCUUUAGCAUGGCAGCCCUGGUGAUUGCAGGAAUGGAGCAAGAAGAUCUAUCAUGACAUCUUUUUGCACCCACCUCCAGGCUACCAAAACAGAUACUAAUCUAUGCAAGCAGCUACUGUUGUAAAUUAUUUAAGGUUCUUUGAUGCUUGCCUGUUGUCUCUAGGGAUUAGAGGGCUUGAACCUUCAUUUAAAGGAAUACCAAGGAGAAACACUGAACCGGUUUGGACUGAUAAAAUAUUCUUUGAAAACUCUCUCGUUUUCAAUUUUGUGAUAAUAAGUUGAUUAUGAAGGUCAAAGUUCUAUUUUUUUUUUUUUUUAAUUUCGCACUGAAACUCUAGUUUCCAUACGUCAUUGUGACCUCACGGAUUUCCAAGUGUACUUCCAUAUUUUGGCUGCAUUAGAUCAGUGUAAAUUCUUGCCAAUACUUGCCAAGCUCAAACUUUGGAUUCUAUUGAAUGCAUUAUAUUUGAUUUUUAUCUAUACACAAUUAACUAAACUCCAGCAGAUGCUGUCAAAAUCCGUGACGUCAUGGCAUGCUGGUGCGGGUACUUCAAGGCAGCAUCGCCACCCAUCCUUCCUUAUUGCACCUCUUUUUGGCUUACCAAGCCAUUUCUUGUGGUGUGUGCUGGUUGCAUGGCAGGUGACAAUGGUGGACAUCGUACUUAUGUUUCCGAUGUACCUCCAGACACAGUGGCUGCUCCGAAUGUGCUGCCAAAGAGAUGUCCCUGUGGACAGUUGAUCGACAUGGAUGCAAGCGCCCAGGCAGCAGGUUGGAAAGUGUGCAGGGAGGUGUCCAUCCAGUGCAGCUUACAAUGGAAAGUGCACCGGGAGGUGUCCAUCCAGUGCAGCUUACAACGGAUGCCCCCUCUACCUCUCUCAAUUGAAAUCUGCUCUGAAGACACACAAUCGGAGUUGAAAACGAGAAUGACUGCCUCCGACAGCGAUGUACGGGAUCUGAAACAUCGCAGAUGUUGCGAUUCUAUUGCAUCUGCAGUUGACUUGAUUCACGAUUCGAACAGCAGUGAGUCGGAGGAUGCCAACUUUUCAUCUGACUUCGAUUCUGAGAGUGACGACAACAGAAACCAGCCUGGAACAUCGGUGGCUGCAACCCGGGUGCAUACAUCCUUUGGGCAGGACUCCUUGCCGCCUGCGCAGCAGAGAGUGGUGUUCAGCCCUGCCAGGCAACCGGGCAUCCAUUUCGGCAUGCAGUUCUGCAGGGGCACUCGUCGUCUGCUCAAAGCAAUAGAUGCUUUCCGACUGUUUUUCACAGUGAAAGUGAUAGCAAAAAUCUGUAGAAAUACAAACAAAUAUGCCUGGUCAAUGAUUCUUGAGAAGCCAACAUACAGUGAAGCCGACGGAUCUUGGAAGGAAGUCACACUCACGGAGAUGAUGACGUUCAUAGGUGUUCUUCUAUACAUGGACAUUGUGGAGCUACCACGGCUGCAUCUGUACUGGGGUACAUCGAGCCUGUUUUCCGGACUUGUCCCAGCAAAAAAAAUGUCAAGAAAACGUUUCUGGGCUCUUUUGGGCAUGCUACAAGUGUCAGACCCAAAUAUCGACACGCAAGGAACUGAAACGGAAUUCGACAAAGUCUCGUGGUUGCUGCACCACAUAAAUGAACGUUCAGCAGAGUUCUUUCAACCACACCGAGAACUUUCUGUUGACGAAAAGAUACUAAAAUUAAAUGGGCGCUCUGGAAUGCGGCAAUAUAUUAGAGAUGAUGUGACCAAAUUGGGGUUCAAAUUGUGGGUUCUUGCAGACCCUAGAACCGGUUACACAAUCCAAUCCAUCGUACACACUGGUAAGCGCAAAAAACCUAGCGCAAAUGGCAUAGCCUAUGAUGUUGUUACCUGCCUGUGCAAGCCCUAUCUCGACCAGGGAUACUGCUUAUAUAUGGACAACUUUUACACUUCCACGUCGCUGCUUCGGCAGUUGCUUGCACGCAUGACAUUGGCUUGCGGGACGACACGUAAAGACCGCCACGGAUUUCCAAAGGAGCUAAAGGACACGGGCUGGGAAAACAAGGCCAAGCAAGGGGAUGUGCGCUGGCUCCGGGACAGUGGUGUUCUUUACCUCCAGUGGAAAGACCAACAUGUCAUGCACAUGGUGAGCACUGCACAUACGGCAAACCAGCACGUGCUUGCCAAACGAAGAGAAAGAAGAGAUGGAAAAUGGCACGAAAUUUCCAUCAAGAAGCCACAGCUUGUAGAUGAGUACAACACAGUCAUGCGUGGUGCCGACAAGUCAGACCAAUUGACGGGUUCCUACAACAUCCUCCAAAAGUGUUUCCGGCGAUGGAAAACCCUGUUUUUACACUGUAUUGACAUUGCUUGUGUCAACAGCUACAUUAUUUUUCAGGAAUACAGGAAGCUACACCCCGAGAUUGCUGAGUGUGCAAGAAUUGCAGGCUACGAUCAGCUCGCAUUCAGAACAGAACUAGUGCAGCAGCUCCUUGAGCUUGAGGGUUCACCGCAAGUUUGUGCUCCUCCACCACCUGAAGUCAUUCAGCACCAACCAGCCAAAAUGGAGAAAUACCGGAACUGCAAGAAAUGCUACAGCGACAGUAAAAUUGAGCAGAAAACAAGAGUUUACUGUAAGACCUGCAAUGUUCCCCUAUGUUUCACGUCGAGGAACUGCUUUGCCGCAUGGCACGCCCAGCUGUAAGGCUUCCAGUUAAAUUUUUAUAGCGGUAGUGUUCGAGAAGAGUCUCAUGUGACUGUGCUGUAUAUUUUUUUUCAUCAUUCCAUAAUUUUAUAAUGGCUCUGAAUUGAAUGUCAGUUGCAGAGCAAUAAAAAGCAGAGCAUGUAGAAAGUUAUAUCCAUCCAUGUAGAAACCUGUCGUAAAUGUACUGAUGAGUGAGCUUGUUGCUUUGAAAUGAGGGCCUAGAGUGGACUUAGAAAAAUAACUUGCCAUUUUGUUUGUUGAGAUGUCCUAGUGGCAGUUGACUCGUGUUCUUAGGUUAGGCUAAGGUACAUUACACUUUUCAUCAAAUUGUCUGUUUCAGUGGCAUACUUUAUGAAAUUGCAAUUCAGAAACACCUUGGAGAACUUAUUUGAUGUAUCAAAAAAUUUGUGGGUAAGGCACGUGUGUCUGUUGUGAAGACGAUGACGCUGGGCGGGAACAAGAAGGAGCAAAAAGAAGUGGCCCAGUGACCGCAAGAAGAAAUUGAAAGUGAAAAAGACAUUGUGCUGCGGUGACAGGUCAGUGUGUGACACGACCUUGGGCUAAAGUGCACGUGUCUCCAGCCGCACUCUGAAGAUGGCAGCGGGUGGCUCAGAAGGCCUGGUCCAAAGAAGAGACCCACCCGCAAUGCACCUGCCCACCCUCGAGUACUGCGACGGGGCAUUGCAGUACCCGGGCUGGUUCCCACUGGCAGUCUGGCCCCAUCCUGUGCGACAGAGACCAGCGCAGGUGUCAACAAGUCGUGACUCACCAAUCCCUGUCUUCAUUGAGCACUGUAGAGAGAGGCUUGUUAGCCUCAUGAGACGAAGCCUCUCUCUGCAGCCUCAUGAGACGAAGCCUCUCUCUGCAGUUGGUAGCCUACCCGCUCGUCCGAAAGACUGCGUUUCCUUCGAAAAAACACAGAGCACUGUGUACAAGAUUAAGUGCCCAAAGGCUCUGCGUCACAUAUUGGUGAGACUAAAAUCUUCUUGGGAAGAAUUCGUCAACACAAGAAUGACCUUCACCACCUAAACAGAGAACACAGUGCUGUGGCAGAACACUGCAAACUUUUUGAUCACCAGAUUAGCCCCGACAGUGCCAUCGUCUUAGUGAGAGAAAAUGAUCAGUGGCAGUGGCCCCUUUUAGAAUCCUGGCACAUCCAGAAGAUGCCAGGUAACGUCAGUCGUUAGUCAGGAACAAUCUCAAGGUCUACGAAAAGCAUCUGUGUGCUUCUCAAAGCACCCCAAACACAUAUAGUAACUGCUAUGCCUCAUGCCAUCUCGCCCCUGAAGAAAGAGUCUGCCAGGUUCUGAAACAUGGGGUUUUUAAAGAAAUUUUGGUUAGUUUUUCUUUUCUUUCUCUUUAUUUCAGUUUUCCCUAGCCAGGCAGAUAUCUGCCGAGUGUUCACCUUAGAUCUAAAUGGUUGAAGGAAAAGAAAACCAGGAAAUCACUCGUCAAGAGGAAAGCAGGAAGAAAGCAGAGAUUGGCAGUGUUUCACUGCGUUCAGUACUCAAAACCAAACAAGAAAAGGAGUGGCUUGUUGAUAUUAAAAGCAGUGACAAUGCCAGCAGUGGCACUGAUUGCUCAUAAGGACAUGCAUCCCGAAGGCACAUAGGAAAGCUGGAUGGCGAAGGAUGAAGUGUGAUACUUGGAAGCUCUGUUUAUUACUGGAAAAGAGGACAAAUUUGAACAUGAACAACAUCCCUGCAGGACAUUACAUGAAAUAUAUAGGUGUAGAAAGAAAGGGAACAAGACAGGAAAAAGAAAAUCACGAAAAUUUUAAAAGUGAUGCGAAAAAGCUGGCUACUGUGACAAUGAGUGGCUAAAGUGAACUUGAUGUAGAAAGAACCCACAAUUUUGAUAGAAUUCUGGUGCAUUGAUAAGAGAAGAGAAGCUGAUGCGGAACACUAUUUGCGUUUGGUAUAACUGACAGAGAAAUUUAUAUCGAGUUCUCUUAUUUAUUACAUGCGUUAUGAUGUAGUUGUUGACAUUCCGUUAUAGUUUACUGCUUUUACCGAUAAAGAAUACGACUAUGAGUUUGACUAACUCAUGAAACAGUAAUGUGCUGACUGGGAAACAGUUUGUUUUAUAUAUGGUAUCUCUAAGUGGAAAUUGCAACAAGCGUAGUUUGUUUGGAUCAUCAUCAUCAGCAUCAUCAGCCUAUUUAUGUCCAUUGCAAGACGAAGGCCUCUCCCUGCAAUCUCCAAUUGCCCCUGUCCUGCGCCAACAGACUCCAACGAGCACCAGCAAAUUUCCUAAUUUCGUCGCACCACCUAGUCUUCUGCCAUCCUCUACUGCGCUUCCCUUCUCUUGGUACCCAUUCUGUCACCCUAAUGGUCCAACGGUUAUCUAAUCUGCAGGUUACUUCACCUGCCCAGUGCCAUUUUUUUCUGUUGAUGUCUAUUAGAAUAUCAUCUAUACCCGUUUGCUCUCUGAUCCAAACCGCUCUCUUUCUGUCUCUUAAUGUUAUGCCUAGUACUCUUCGUUCCAUCACUCUUUGCGUGGUCCUCAAGCUUCUUUGUCAGUCUCCAAGUCUCUGCCCCAUAUGUCAGUACUGGUAAAAUGUACUGAUUGUAUACUUUCCUUUUUGAUGAUAACGGUAAGCUCCCAGUCAGGAGCUCACAAUGUCUGCCGUAUGCAAUCCAGCCCAUUUUUAUUGUUCUCCGAGUUUCCUUCUCAUGGUCAGGGUGCCCUGUGAUUAGUUGACCUAGGUAAACAUACUCCUUCAUAGACUCUAGAGGCUGACUUGCGAUUUUGAACUCUUGUUCCCUUACCCAGUUAUUUAUCAUUAUCUUUGUCUUGUGCAUAUUAAUCUUCAACCCCACUCUUACACUCUCCCUGUUAAGGUCCUCAAUCAUUUGUUGUAAGUCCGCAGUAUUGCUGAAUAGAACAAUGUCAUCGGCAAACCGAAGGUUGCUGAGGUAUUUGCCAUCGAUCCUUACUCCUAAACCUUCCCAGUUUAAUAGCUUGCACACUUCUUCCAAGCACGCAGUGAAUAGCUGGAGAGAUUGUGUCUCCUUGCCUGACCACUUUCUUUAUGGGCAUCUUCCUACUUUUCUUGUGUACAUUUAAGGUGGCUGUGAAAUCUCUGCAGAUAUUUUCCAGGGUAUUUACGUAAACAGUCUGUACUCCUUGACUACGCAAUGCCUCUAUGACUGCUAGUAUCUCUACUGAAUCAAAUGCCUUUUUGUAAUCUAUGAAAGCCAUAUAGAGAGGCUUAUUGUGCACUGCAGAUUUCUCGAUAACCUGAAUAAUGACAUGGAUGUGAUCCAUUGUAGAGUAUCCUUUCCUGAAGCCAGCCUGUUCCCUUGGUUGACUAAAGUCUAGUGUUGCCCUUAUUCUAUUGGAGGUUAUUUUGGUAAAUAUUUUAUAUAAUACUGGGAGUAAGCUCACGGGCCCAUAAUUUUUCAGUUCUUUAACAUCUCCUUUUUUGUGGAUUAGUAUAAUGUUUGCAUUCUUCCAGUUUUCUUGGACCCUUGCAGUCGAUAGACACUUGGUAUAGAGCCGCCAGUUUGCCUAGCAUUAUGUCUCCUCCAUCAUUGAUUAAAUCGACUGUUAUUCCAUCCUCUCCUGCCGCUUUCCCCCAUUUCAUGCCUUGCAAGGCCCUUCUGACCUCAUCUCUAGUUAUGGGAGGAGUUUCUGUAUCUUUUUCAUUGUUGUUUCGAAUAGAGUACUUCUGAGUCCUCUGGGUACUGUACAGGUCAGUAUAGAAUUGUUCUGCUGCUCUUAUUAUACCUUUGAGAUUGCUGAUGAUAUUUCCCUACUUAUCUUUCAGUGCAUACAUCUUGGUUUGUCCUAUGCCAAGUUUCCUUCUCACGGAUGCCAAGUUUCCUUCUCACGGAUUUCAGGCUGCGUCCACUUUUUACGGCUUCUUCAGUCUUUCUCACGUUAUAGUUUUGAAUAUCACAUGUUUUCGCCUUGUUGAUCACUUUUGACAGUUCUGCGAAUUCUAUCUUAUCUCUUGAGUUGGACACUUUCAUUCUUUGUUGUUUCUUCAUUAGGUCCUUUGUUCCUUGGGAGAGCUUGCCCAAUGGUUGCCUUGGUGCCUUGCCUCCCACUUCAAUUGCUGCCUCUGAAGUCAGCCUCGUUACAGUUUCAUUCAUUACCGCUAUGUCAUCAUCAUCAUCAUCUCUCUGUUUUAAGGCUGAACAUUUGGUUGCAAGUGCCAGUCUGAAUUUGUCUGCUUUUACCCUUAGUGCCUCUAAGUUGACCUGUUUUUUCUUGACCAAUUUUAUUCUUUCUCUGUUCAAAUUGAGGUGAAUCCUAGCCCUCACUAACCUAUGAUCAAUGAACUUUACCCUUCCUAUGACUUCUACAUCCUGCACUGUGCUGGGAUUGGCAGAAAGUAUGGAAUCAAUGUCAUUUCUUGUUUCACCGUUACAGCUUUUCUAGGUCCACCUUCUGUUGCUACGUUUCCUGAAAAGGUGUUCAUUAUUCUCAGCUUAUUCCUUUCUGCGAAUUCUACCAGCAUCUCUCCUCUAGCAUUUCUAGAACCGACACCGUAGUUGCCGAUUGCAAAUUGUGUUUGGGUAGAUUAUGUAGUUAUGGAUGGUUGAAGCAGAGUAGUGUAAAAGCUGUUUGUUUAUAUUGCUCAGUGUUGCAGGUGCAGUGCUGAGACCAUCUUUGGCGUAUACUAAGUUUAAAUACUUCAGCUUCUUUUUUCUUUUCUUGAGUGAGAGACUUCUGUGAUCCGCAGUGAUGCAUUGAAUUUGAUUGUGCAGUGGUUAAGUGCUGUUGUAGAACAAUGAACAUCUGUGCACUUCAAGAUCAUAUCUGUGUGAACGUAUUGUACAUGCAGUGUGAAUGCCGAAGUGCAUAUAGCAGUUUUAUUUAAAAAAAAACUGAGUGGGGUCUAGGUCAUGAGUGACAGAUGAACCAUGUGCGUGUGUUGAGAUGACAAUGAUGAGACUGGUCAGCAAAAAGAAGGAACACAAAGAAGUGGCAUGUGACGGAAGUGAAAAAGGAAAGGAGACUGUGCUCAGGUGGCAGUGAGUGAUGUGACUUUGGGCUAGUGCGGACAUGUCUCCAGCCACGCACUGGAGAUGGCAGCGGGGAACUCAGAAGACCUGGCCCAGAGAGAGGAUCCAACGGCAUUGCAUUGGCCCACCGUCCCCCUAAAGUGCUGCGAUGGUGCAUCUCAUUACCCAAGCAGGUUCCCGCUGGCAGUUCUGGCUCGGUCCUUUGCCAGCUCAGGUGUCAACAUGUCGCUAUUCAUCGAGCUCCGUCCUGUGCAAUGGCGGCCACUCAAGCACCUAGCUCCUUCCUGCGUCCUGUGCAUUGGGUCCCGUCCUGUGGAACGGACCUCCCGACGACUUGACCCAUCUUGUAGUAGUACCAGGGUGUUUGGUCCAAGACUAUGACACAUCAACUAAGGCGAUUCCAAGCAGUCAGGAUUUUCAGAGUAGAACUGUAUACAUUGUACAGAGAUUUAGGUAAUCAUAACAUGUGUGCCCUGUUUGUUUAGAGUUAUUUUGUUUGAUCUUUGUUUUUCGAUUAUAAAUGUCUGUUUUACAUGUGCA